GCUCCUCGUUGUUUUAUUGGAGGGCGAGCUGAGAUCGGCGGGGCCAGGCCGAGCACACCGAGUCCAACAGUAGGACGGCGAAGAAGAAGAAGAAAAAGUUUAAUGACGACUUCCCUCCCGCAACAGGUUAGUGCGCGGGUUUCCUCACCUGUUACUGUGUCUUUUAGAUUUCUGGGCAAUGGAAGGUCCCCCACUCAUGACUAUAAGAAGCACAGACGCCGUGUACCUCUCGACAGGAUAACGUGUUGAUUUCCUCACCUGCCAGACCGGAGUAGUGGAUACCAGACCAGGUUAACCAAUCCCAACACGACACAAGCACCAUGCCUGGUCGGGCCGCUAUUUAAGUGAUUGUUGAAUGGUUCAUCCACGGACUUCCUGUUAGUAUCACGUCAGCGGGUGUGUGUUUUGCUAAUGGCCGCUUCGGAGCUGAUCCAGGACACGGAUGACACGCCGAACAACUUGGAGGUCACCUUGAUCACAGUGGACCCCCCACCUCCCCUUCCUAUGACUCACCUGGUCGCCAACGGCAACCUCUCCUCUUCCUCGCCCUUGUCGGGGGUGCCGCGCGGGCCGAGUGGCGCGCGUCGCCCCGGCGACCACAAGUCCGCCAGCCUGGAGGACUCGCGGAGCCGCCUGAUUGGCUGCCUGCACAGCGGCCUGAAGCGUCACCGUGACUACGUGAAGAUCGCGGUGCCCCAGGAGCGCGCCAACCGGCUGCCGCGGGAGUGGUGGAAGACGGGCGUGGCCUUCCUCUACGCCCUCUUCAACCUGCUCUUCACCACCGUCAUCAUCACCUUCGUCCACGAGCGGGUGCCCGACAAGUCGGUGAGCCCCCCGCUGCCCGACAAGUUCUUCGACUACAUGGACCGCGUGCCAUGGGCCUUCACGGUGACCGAGGUCAACGGGCUGAUGCUGGUCGGACUGUUCUUCAUACAGUGGCUCUUCCUCAAGCACAAGUCUAUCGUAGCGCGGCGGUGUUUCUUCCUCAUUGGGACUCUGUACAUGUACCGCUGUGUGACCAUGUACAUCACCACCCUGCCCGUCCCGGGCAAGCACAUGGUCUGUGCUCCCAAGCUUUACAACGACUCUACAGGGAAGAUCUGGAGGGUUCUUCAACUGAUCUCUGGUGGAGGUCUGUCUCUGACCGGCUCCGACCUCAUGUGUGGGGACUUCCUGUACAGUGGACACACCGUUAUGCUGACCCUGGCUUACCUCUUCAUCGCUGAGUAUUCCCCUCGGCGGCUGUGGUGGUACCGCUGGCUCUGCUGGUUGCUAAGCGCCUCGGGGGUGGUCUGCAUCCUGGUGGGCCACGAGCACUACAGCGUCGACGUGGUAGUGGGGUACUUCGUCACCACCCGGGUCUUCUGGACCUACCACACCAUGGCCAACACACACGCACUGCGGCGGGCGCCCAACAACCUGCUGGCCAGGACCUGGUGGAACCCCGUGUUCAACUUCCUGGAGCGCAACGUCCAGGAACCGGUGCCGGUGGUGUUCUCCUGGCCCAUCACCCUGCCCUCCUCCUGCACACAGCGCUACCGCAGCGUGGACACCUCCGCACGGGACGAGUGACGAGGGAGGGAGAGGGAGGGAAAGAGAGAGGGAGAGAGACUAGCUAGAAUCAGUAUUGUUACACUAAAGCUGUGGCUGGAGAGCGCGUUUUCAUGACAAAUGUGAUGCUGGGUUGGAGCUAGUCUCGCAGGGCGCGCUCUAGCUGAAGUCGUGUUCUGCACAAUGAACGGUAUACAGUCCCUGGUCCAUGCCCUUUGUCCCAGAGUCUGGUUCAGAUAGGAGUAAUCUUUCUCUAAAGGACCAGGAUUACGUCGACCUGGUCCGUGUAAGAACACGUUGCUUUGUGUCCGUCUCUCUGAAGCCUGACAAAAGCCUGUCAAAUAUGGCGUCGUUUGGAAAGUAAAUAUAUUUCCCAAAUUCUGAGAAAUACUUUUUGAAGAGCAGCUUAAUCCUGCAGCCGACCAAUAGGACACUGCCUUCUUCCCACCAAUAGCAGACCAAUGGCCAGUUGCCGCCUCCUCUACACUGGAACCAGUUGGAUCGCGGAAUUACCGACGAGCUAGCCAUGUACCCCUGCUGCCAUGGAGACGGGGAUUCGUGCCAACCAAAAUACUUUCUUGUGCCCUUUCUUUACCUCUCGUGCCAACCAGCCGAGAGAUUCCUCGGCUCACUCGGCUGACCAACUAUAAGGACCGCUAUGAGGACUCUCAACCACGGCUCCUUUCUUAACCUGAGUGGGUACAGAAGACCUGACUGAGAAACCCCUGCCUUUGGAUCACAACUUUUUAGAAACCCGGUAACCAUUAUCUUCACACUCCAUGCAGAGUGUGGAUUGAAAACCUGAAGCGUCCUGGUGACCAUAAUUUCCUUUUCCAGUCGUGUGUGUGUGUGUGUGUGUGUGUGUGUGUGUGUGUGUGUGUGUGUGUGUGUGUGUGUGUGUGUGUGUGUGUGUGUGUGUGUGUGUGUGUGUGUGUGUGUGUGUGUGUGUGUGUGUGUGUGUGUGUGUCAGCGUCUGGAGUGCUGUGCUGUGUGUGCUCACAAUGACCUUCAUAAAUGCCUUAAAGCAAUGCAAAGUAUUAAGGAACAGUUGGUUCCUUGGUCUAGUAGUGCAUCAGUGUUUCUAUUUAAGAUUAAAACUGUUAUUGUUGUAAUAUAUAUGAUGAUGCUUCAUUGUGUGACACUGUUGCCACCUUGUGUUGUUGUAAACGUAAAAUGUUGAGCUACCCCUGUCACUGUAACAUGAUUGCAGAAUAAUAUGUUGGACCUUUGGUUGUUUGUUUUAAAUCGUUACUGAGUUCGUAUAGUAUACCCAAGAUGUCUGCCAACUCUGUCCCUGUCAAUUCCAAUAGUACACCCAAAAUGUCUGCCCCCUCUAGCCCUGUUAAUUCCAAUAGCACACCCAAGAUGUCUGCACCGCUAUCCUUGUCAUUUCCAAUGGUACACCCAAGAUGUCUGCCAUUUUGUACUAUCUCGUGGUACGUGCUAGGAUGCUGAUGCGUUGCCACGGAGAGGGAACCUCUAUAAACGUGCAGUGUUUUCGUCUCAGAUGUACAACUGGAAGCUGCAGGGUCCAAAUUCUGUCUGCGUUGCGUUCACAGUAUUCUAAGCUCCAGACUACUAUACACACUGUUUACACCAAUGACACAGCAGCACAAUUCUAAUGUUAAUGCUUGCAUGCGGUACUUGGGAUGCGUGUAUGCCGACAGAGCUGAUGAUUCACUAAUAAACUUGUGAACACAUUGUAUUAUGAAACUG